CUUUUGUCUCUUGAGUUGCAAAAUUGCCGUGCUCCUUUAUUCUCCCCCUCUGCAACUAUGGCAAACUUUACGGAAUCCGUGACGCUCGACCACCUAUCAGGAACCAUGAUGGAAGAGCGUCAGCAAAACUUGGGGCCCGUCCUCAUGAUAGCCACGGCUCUGGCUGUUGUUAUGGUGUCCAGCAUGACCCGCUACUUGAAAUCCGUUUCCAAGCAGGUCAGCUUUGGCAGCUUCUUGGGCAAGCCCCUCCGCAACAUUCCACAAGUCCCGGGAUAUCCGAUACUUGGAAUCCUUCCUCAGAUGUGCAAGCAAGGACUUUACUCCUCUGCCAUGAAGUCCCUUUUCGACGCUGCUCGGGACUGCGGCAUUUCCUCUUCCGCUGCCGUUGGAAUCCCCGUCGUUUUCAUUCGUGAUCCUGCCAUCAUCCGCCAGGUCCUGGUGCAGAACUCCAACAGCAUCACUCGGCUGGCACCAGAUGGCAGCGGCCCGUUCAACAUUAUGCAGCGCAUCACGGGAACCAUUGCCGCGUCUGCCAACGGCGAGGACUGGCAUCGCUGGCGCAAGGGCUUCCUCAAGGACUUCUCCAACGCGACUGCCCUUCGGCAAGCCUAUGAUGACAUAAGGCUCAUCGCCAGAAGACAUGUCCAAGCAAUGCGGGACGCGAAAUCCGGGUCGGAUCUCGGCCGGGUCAUGGAAGCCUAUGCGUUGGACUCUGUCUGGUCCGUCACCAUAGGGGAUGACACUGUCUCCAAGUCCUCUGCGGACAUCACAGAUGUUAUGGCUGGCUACGGUGACAUUGUCGGCGACCCCUCACACCUUUGGAGGCACUUUUUCCGCAACUUCUUCUCCUUCAAAUCCUUUCAGGACCCGGAUUAUGUGGAGCGUAACGUCGGCGCACACAUCAACCGCGUCUUGCAUAAGCUGUUGAACCGCAACCUUACCAACCUUGACCCGGAGACCCUUUUUUGCAACGGCCGAAAGAGUAACUUUCUACGAAACACCUCGAGGGAAUCCGGAGGCACUUCGGAGAUCCCUGUCACUCAGGAUGUUCUUGCACAAGCACGUCAGGUCUUCUCGCUCGGCCACGAAGCCCCUACCCUGCUCCUGGUGUGGGCCAUUUACGAGCUCAGCCUCCACCCGGACGUGAUCACCAAGCUGCGACGGGAGAUACUGCAGAACAUGCCCGACAGCGGCGACCUGGACUUUGAGACCCUUCGCACCAUGUCGUAUCUCGACGCAGUGACCUCGGAGCUGCUUCGGGUGCACCCUCCCAUCUCGACCACUUCUCGUAUCGUCACGGAGCCUAUCCCGGUUCAGACGCGGACCAACGAUACCGCCGUCAUCCCCGCUGGCGCACACCUGUUUGCCUCUAUCCAUCUUCUUCAUCACGAUAAGCUGGUGUGGGGUGAUAACGCUGACGAGUUUGUCCCGGAGAGGUGGGAAGGCCUCCGCGCAAGUGCUGCGGAAAGCCGCUGCGAGUACAUGCCCUUUUUGACUGGGCCAAGGGGCUGCCCCAGCUCCAACUUUGUCAUGAUUCAAAUGAAGACGAUGCUCGUUGAACUGCUCACCCAGGUCGACAUUGAGCUUCCCAACUCGGCUGGGCUGGAGAAGUGCAUCGGGGGUGUCGUGAAGCCGAGUAGGCCAGUGGAGUAUAACCUGAAGGAGCUCUGCAUUUAGGCACCAUCAGGGCGAGGGUGACCAACACGUCGGCAUGGAUAAGGGGAUCUUCACUGUCUAGGCUGCAUCAUGAACUCGGAGACUACAUGUACCUUGGGAAUGGCGCAUUUGCUUUUGUCAUUGUCAUACAUAUCCUUAGAGAAAACGAGUAUCGCGCGACAGAAUGGACACAGAUAUUCCGGG